AUGGCGGCGGAGCGGGGAGCGGGCCUGCGCAUCUUCCGCGACGUGAGUACGGGCACGGAACCCAUCCUUCGCACCGGGCACCUGCGAGUGUUUGGGGAGGGGCACCUGAUAUUAAGAAGAGCAGACAAGAAUGAUGAUGGAAAACUGUCCUUUGAUGAAUUCAAAGCUUAUUUUGCUGAUGGAGUUCUGAGUGAAGAAGAACUGCAUGAGCUUUUUCACACCAUUGAUAAACACAAUACUGACAAUCUUGACACAGAAGGGCUCUGUGAUUAUUUUUCAAAGCACUUAGGAGAGUAUGAAAAUGUUCUAUCUGUCUUGGAAGACUUAAACAUAACCAUACUGAAGGCAAUGGACAAAACAAAGAAAGACUAUCAGGAGGCUUCCAUUUUGGAGCAGUUUGAGACUCGCUGUCUUUUGAAGGAGACCCUGACCCAGCUGCAGUCCCUGCAGAGCUGCCUGCAGUGCGCCGCGGAAAGCGCAGGAGAGGGGAGCAAAGCCCUCUGCAGCUAUCCAAGAAAACCAGAAGUGCUCUCAGUCCAGUGGCCAGGAAAAUGCUCAGCUCAAAGGCUUCAGAGGAACAACAGCCUGUCAUCAAAUAACCCUUAUUCCAGCACAGGUUGGAUUGAGGAAGACAGCCAAUGGGUGAUCCAGACAAACAGACUCCAGAGGCUAAUUGAUAGACUGGAAAAGAAGGACAUCAAGCUUGAGCCACUUGAAGAGGAAGUUUUGGAAGAAAAUGCAAGAUCUCAGAUAAUGAUUGUUCAGCACCAAAUGUCUGUGAAAGAAGAAAAAGUGGAAGAAUUCCAUCUUGCCCUGAAGCAGUACCUGGAAUCUGCUUCUGCUCAAGGUGGCUGCUUGCAUGUUUCCAUACAGAAGAUUCCGAGUAAUUUCCACUUCAUUGUUUAUGAGUUCUGGGAAAACAGCAAUGCCUGGAAUAGCCACCUUCAAAUGAAUUACAGCAAGACAUUCCAGAGAAGUAAUGUGGAUUUCUUGGAAACUCCAGAGCUCAUCACACCAAUGCUAGUCCCUGCAUCGUGGUGUGUCCUCAAUAACAACUAGAAGUUGUGGUUCCAAGUAAUGUUAAUGUUGUAUUGCCUUUCAUUACACUAACAUUCAUAUUGCAGUGUACAAGUGAAAUUAUGAUAACAUUUGUUAUUAUGGAUGGAAUCUGUUCCACUUUAUCCAUUCUAAAAUCUGGAAAACUGCAUUUAUUACCUUUUCUUCUUGUGACUAGUUCAGUGAAAUGAUGCAUUCUAAAAA